AUGGAGUACACAGGGAGCCAAUACAUUGGGGAAUAUGUAGACGGGAGGAUGGAGGGCGUAGCCGAAUACAUCCUCCCUACCAAAACGAAAUACGUCGGAGAAAUGAAGGACGGCAUGUUUCAUGGCCAAGGAACCCUGUACUUCCCCAGCGGGAGCCGCCAUGAUGCCAUUUGGGAAAAGGGACUGGUCGUGAAGGUAUCUCUCAACUCACCGACAUGGACCCACCUAGAAAAAUCCCUCAGGGCUGUUAUGACUGUGGAGAUGGCUUCUAUAACCCGGCCACAAGGAUAG